CCACCACCGGCGCGGCCAGGCCAGCAUGGUGGACCACUUGCUUCCAGUGGACGAGACCUUCUCGUCACCGAAGUGCUCUGUUGGUUUUCUGGGGGACAGGCUGGCCGGCCGGCAGGUGUACCACAUGCUGCCGUCACCCCUCUCUGAGGACGACAGCGACGCCUCCAGCCCCUGCUCCUGUUCCAGCCCAGACUCCCAAGCCCUCUGCUCCUGCUACAGCGGAGGCCUACGCGCCAAAGGCCAGGAUAGCAUCUUGGAUUUCCUGCUGUCCCAGGCCACGCUGGGCAGUGGUGGUGGCGGCAGUGGGGGCACUGGGGCCGGCAGUGGCCCCAUGACCUGGGGGACCUGGUGGAGGGCCCCAGUGCCUGUGAAGGGGGAGCAUUGCUGCUUUCCCGAAUUUCCUGUGGGUGACACUGACGACGUCCCCAGGCCCUUUCAGCCGACCCUGGAGGAGAUUGAAGAGUUCCUGGAGGAGAACAUGGAGCUGGAGGUCAAGGAGGCUCCAGAGAGCAACGGGAAGGACCUGGAGGCCUGCGGCCCGCUCUCCUCCGCGACACACCGGAACCACCUCCAUCCUGGUCCUGAAGGGAGAGAGUGCUGUACCCCUCCACCAGGUGGCACCAGUGCGGGCGGCACCCAGGGCCCAGGAGAGGGGCCUGCGGCCGAAGGGCCCAUCCCCGUGCUGCUGCAGAUCCAGCCUGUGCCCGUGAAGCAGGAAUCGGGCACAGGGCCCGCCUCCCCUGGGCAGGCCCCGGAGAACGUCAAGGUUGCCCAGCUCCUGGUCAAUAUCCAGGGGCAGACCUUUGCGCUCGUGCCCCAGGUGGUGCCCUCCUCCAACUUGAACCUGCCCUCGAAGUUCGUGCGCAUCGCCCCCGUGCCCAUCGCUGCCAAGCCCAUUGGGUCAGGACCCCUGGGGUCUGGCCCUGGUGGCCUCCUUGUGGGCCAGAAGUUCCCUAAGAACCCAGCAGCAGAACUCAUCAAAAUGCACAAAUGUACUUUUCCUGGCUGCAGCAAGAUGUACACCAAAAGCAGCCACCUCAAGGCCCAUCUGCGCCGGCACACGGGUGAGAAGCCCUUCGCCUGCACUUGGCCGGGCUGCGGCUGGAGGUUCUCGCGCUCUGACGAGCUGUCGCGGCACCGGCGCUCGCACUCCGGCGUGAAGCCAUACCAGUGUCCCGUGUGCGAGAAGAAGUUCGCGCGGAGCGACCACCUCUCCAAGCACAUCAAGGUGCACCGCUUCCCGCGGAGCAGCCGGUCUGUGCGCGCUGUGAACUGAGCGCGCCUGCCGGUCCCGACCGCACCUUCCACCCCCACACCCAUUUUUUUAAAACAGUAAUUUAUUCGCCUCCUUCAGAGGGAUGUGACAAUGUUACCAGCCCACCUUCUGAAACCUAGGAGUUGAGACCCCAGAGCCAUCACCCGCUGCCUUUGCUGGGAGAACUCGGAGCCAUGCACCUGUGUCCCUGGGGGCCGGGUCACCAGCACCUGGGGCUGGAGGCAGGCCUUGGUGCCUUUGUGCCUUUGUGCCUUCCCACAGCAGCCUGGCCUGUGCCACAGCCGCCAGCUGGAAGCAGGGUCCUGGGGGCCUGGCCCUUCUCCCACUGGGCGCCUUGUCUGGGCCAAAGCCAACGCUGCAUGUCUGGGGAAGAAGAAAUGUGCGGUUUUGAAAUUUCAGUUCCCGGGGGAGCCAAGCUGGGAAGAAGGAAGUGGGCCGAAAGUCCGGGACUGCGCGGUGGUGUGAAGGCAGCUGGUCUUUCAGAUGCACCUUGCAGGGUGAGUGGAGGGUAUGUCAGGCUCUUGUGGCCCCUGGCCACUGGCGCGGAGGCAGGGCUGACGGUGCAUUGCUUGAGUUCAAUGUGCAAGACAGACAGAACCCUAAGCAUCUGUCCCCGGCUUGGCUCAUCCCGAUCUCCUGUUUGCCAGACAAAUGCUGACUCCGGCCUGCAGGGUCGCCUUCCAGAGGAGAGGGGAGCAGACUGCUCUAGGUGUGAAAGAACUAGGUAGAGCCUCCCAGCCCUGAUUUAGAAAUGCAUUCCUCGUUUUGUCUAGAAAUUAAUAUCAAACUAGCUUGUUUUGACAGGUUUAUUUCACAUCCUAUGAAUGUAUGUAAAUAAACUGUACAUAGGUGCAUCUACAUAAGAUCUUUUAAUAACAUCGAUAUUUGUGUAAAUUUGAAAUUAAAAAAUCUAUAAAGCUGGUGUACAUAUGUUACAAUUAUGUAUAUUUUCUUUGGUCCUUCAUAAAAAUAUAUUUACUUUGCCAAUAAAAAGAAAAAAGUCAGCUG